ACGGAGGGAAGACACAGUCACUCAAUAUGAGUGAUCAGCAGACUUCGUUUAUUGUCCCUUACAGUCACCUUUUAUGCCUUGUUAUAAUUAGCUCAUACAUAUUACAAAAGUUAAGCUCAUUAUUGGUUAGUUGCCUAAAUACCAAGCCCGCCCCUAGUUUCUCUUCUGUAGUUAUCUGUUCCCACCUGCAACAUUCUUUUCCCACAGCAAUCUUCCUGUUAUUGUGUAACUUUUGCUUUACUUCAGAUAAGCUGAGAGCAAUGUGCAUUUUUGUCCAGCCAGCUGGACUAUGUCUAUGUGAACUUUUUCAGCUAGCCAGUUAUCCACAUACAUGCUGUGCAACUAAUGAACUACCACUGACGGAAAGAAGAAUUUUCUGAAUUUUCACAUUUAUUUCAAUGAAUUCCAAAACAAUUAUAGCUUGCAACCCUCAUAGAACUUUGCCUUUUUUAUUUGAUAAUGUUGUCCCUAUACAUGGUGCUAUUUUUAGAGAUAGGUUUUGGCAAACCUUCUGGGCUCAUGGAGUUUUGUGACUUGAUGUAUGCAUUUCCCUUUUACUCCAAGCUUGAUAAUAUGAGCCACUUCAAAAUAUUGUAAAGUUGCCUGCACAACCUUUCUUUUAAAUGUAGGAUGUCUCCAUUUGAAUAUCAUCUACUGUGAAAUAAAAAAUAGAACAGUAGGAUAAAUUGAACACAAAACAUUUCAGUUUACCAAAGUGCACUCUUUGAUCUGAAACCAAAGUGGAAAAACACAUCAAAGUUGGGCGCAUGCUCCCAGAAAGUCAGAAAGCAAAACAUACUUAAUGCUAUUGCUGAAGAAUCCACAGAUACCUCUUACAUAUCCCUAACAAUGUUUUCCAUGUGUCUACCAUUGUGCUUCAAUGAUGAUUUGUGGAGCCUUGUUUUACAGAGAAAAGAGUAGUUCAUUAGCCUCUAUAUUUUGUUCAGUACUUGGCCUUGCUGACAGAUCAGUUCCCAGAUGAACAGAUGUAGCUUUUUAUUCUGGGGACAUUAGUGAAUACUUAUAUCACAACCUUAAUUUAAAAUAAGGUGUAAAGUGAUGAAGAUGGUCUUUUGUUAACAACCCAUGAUAGACUGUAAGUCUUAAACCUACUGUUGAAAUAAAUCAUUCUAUAACCUAUUGCAAGUCUUCCUUAAAUGUUACAACUAUUAUGCCAAGCACUUAUGUUCCAUUCCUUAUUCUUAUUGGAAAAGUUAUCACAAAGUGCAUUCCCUGCAGAUACCUGGAAUAAUGUCUUUGUUGUUUUUGUUAUUUUCUUUCCUAGAUUUUUUUUCCCUUUAGCUGAGCAUCAGACACACUGAGAAACAUGUCUGAGCAAAGCAAUGAUUACAAGGUUGUUGUGUUUGGGGCUGGAGGAGUUGGAAAAAGUUCUUUGGUCUUGAGAUUUGUGAAAGGCACUUUCAGAGAAAGCUACAUCCCUACCAUUGAAGACACCUAUUGGCAGGUAAUCAGCUGUGAUAAAAGUAUAUGCACUUUGCAGAUAACUGACGCUACAGGGAGCCAUCAAUUUCCAGCUAUGCAACGUCUUUCUAUUUCUAAAGGACAUGCUUUCAUUUUGGUUUACUCUAUCACAAGCCAUCAGUCUUUGGAAGAACUCAGACCCAUUUAUGAACAAAUAUGUCAGAUUAAAGGAGACUUAGAAAGCAUUCCAAUAAUGCUGGUAGGGAACAAAAAUGAUGAGAACCAAAACAGAGAGGUGGAGAGCAGUGAAGGAGAGGCCAUGGCCAAGAUGUGGAAGUGUGCCUUUAUGGAGACCUCUGCCAAGCUGAACCACAAUUUGAAGGAGCUAUUCCAAGAGCUGCUAAACCUAGAGAAACGCAGGACUGUGAAUUUACAUAUUGAUGGCAAAAAUAACAAGCAGCAGCAAAGGAAAGAGAAGCUGAAAGGCAAAUGUGUGGUCAUGUGAAAUUGCACUACCAUGAGUCAGUCAUGCAGUCUUGUCAGUCUGACAAUAGCAUGAAACCUAUAGGCAACAAGAACCAUACAAGACUAUUUAUUAGUAUUGGUUUUAAAAUAAAUGUUUGGAAUUUGAAAAAAAAAAAUGGGUUACUGUGGUUACUAUGAAAAAAACCCAAUGAUUCAGAAAUCACGUGCUCCAACUAACAGUGAAAAAAAUCAGGAAGUAAAAAAAGGCAGGCCAGGAUCUAAUUUAAUAAUUUACAGAAGAAAACAAAUUUCAUCCUUGGCAUACUGUGAAAGAUUUGGGAAGUCAACUUCAUAAUUAUUUUUGCAUAUAACUGUGAUGGAAGGCAAUGUAUCUAUGUAACAUAAUGUUGGAAGAAAACCAAACAAAAACCCAUGAAGAAAUCUAGAAUGUAUAAAUGCAUGCUGGAUUAAGUUAUCACAUCCUUUAAGAAUGCUGUGAUCAAACAAUUCUCUGCAAUUUUCAGUACUGACUGCUGUGGCUGUGUGUAUAAGGUAAUUUCAGAUUUUCCGAAUAAAUGAACUGUUUUGCACUAAAGGGUAGCACAGUUAAAAGGAAUGGAGAUUUCCUGUACCUACCACAGCAUGAGAUGUCUUUCUAGUAUGGUGCAAUGCUUGAACUGAAGGAUGGGGAAAAGCCAACCCCUCUAGGAGAGAGAUAUAAUCUCCUUUUCUUAACCCAUUACUUCAAGAACAACCUGGUACCUUUUUGGCCCCAAGAUAUUUCAGAAGAGAAGAUGUUUGCCUUUGGAGAAUGUCAGAUUGUAUAAAAAUGGUGUGCAUAUACCAACAGAAACUUUCCCAGAGAGGAAUGGCUGGGGACUCCCCUACAUAUGCCUCUAUGGAAAAGGCCUGGUUCAAGCACUGUUGAUGUGUGUGAUCAGUCAAUGAACUGGAAGUCUAUUGAAAUGGUGGUGCUGCUGGAGGGGUGUCAGUGUAGUGCACAAAUUUUUUAUUCAAAUUACCAGAUUAGCCAAGUAAAACUUCUUUAUAUUACUAUAUUUCAAUUAGAAUGGUUUUGCAUUUAUGCUUAACAUCCAAUAUGCUACUAGAUCUAUUGCUUUUACAUUGUCUAAAGGGUUUUAUACUGACCAUUUAAACUUAUGCUUUGAACUGCUGCAACUACUUAUAGAACCAAGUCCUAUGUCUUGAGUUGGGGCCCACAAGAGUAUCUAAUAGAAGAUUUGCCAGGGUAAGUACUACAGGAUUUAUCAUAUUAAAAGUUGCAAUCAGAAUUGUGUUAUAGUGCAAAACAAGGUUCAGAAUAGAAAAAAAAAUGGUUCAAACCACUCUGUCAGGGGAAAUUGCUUUUCUCAAAAUUUUUGGAAGGGAAAAAAUGUAUUCAAUGGGAGCUUUUCUGGAUCUAUCACCAAAGCUUUUUUUAAAAACUAAUAUGAAUGAUUAAAAAAAAUGAAUAAAAAAAAAAAAGACCAUCAAAGAUAAAAGAAGCACAUACAUUUUUUUAAAGGACACAUCAAAAUUAUAUAAGCUACAAUUUGCACCUUAUGAACUGCUUUGAAAUAAUAAAAACAACACUAUUUUUGAGGAAUGUGUAUGUCAAAAUAAUGUUAUGGGAAAAUGCAAUCAAGUACUAGUAUUAUUAGCAUGCAUGCUGUUGUAUUAUGAAUGUCCUCUAAGAGCUGUUUAAAUUUAGUAUUCACAUUAAAAAUUGUUACCUCGCUGUUCUCCAAGCUAUUGCUUGCUUACCUUAUACCUUCCUAUCAGAAGUACAGAUGUUUCAUAGGUAGGUUGGUAACCUAUGUUUCUUUGAGCAAGAAUUGCUAUUAGCACACUUUAGAAAGGAGCACAACUUUUGUCAUUCACUUAGAAUAAUGCUGUCUUCAGUAUUUGUCAUUCACUCAUAAUGACUCAAACACUUUUAUCAUUCACUCUUAAGAAAACCGAUUUCAAAGAGGACAGAAUUUUGUGUGUAUUUCAUUGCAUUAGAAAAGAAAAUUGGAGAGAGCAUGAAAAAAGCUGAAGUUAUUUCUUAGCAAUAAAUUCCUGGCUCUUAUACAGUGCUUUUUCUCCAUAAGUCUCAAAGCACUUCACAAAAAGGACCGCAUUGUUAUCUUAACUUCACAGAUGGUGAAACUGAGGCACAAAGAGGUAAAGCAACUUUAACAGAGGUUACUCAGCAGGCUAGUGACAGACCCAGGAAUAAAACCAGAUCUUCUUGAGUCCCAGUCCAGUGCUCUAUGGUUGGUGAGAAUGCUUCCUGAUAUUCUUAUAUUCUUCAUAUUCAGUAUGUCAAUAGAUCAAACAGUAUUUCCAGAUGAGGGAUGCAAUGCAUUUAAAAGUACUAUGUUUAGUAAGACUUUUUCAUGUUUAUAAAUUUACUCUGUUUGUAAGCAAAUGUUUGAAGAUUCCCAUUUUUACAGUUUUGGAUUCCAGUAGCAAAACUGAAAAAUUGAAAGAGUGAAUAGACUUAGGGAAUAAUGGGGCAUACAUGGAGGUCAACAACAUAGAGGUCUCCAGCUGAUGCUAAUGGGCCAGUGCCAAAAGUAAUGUAUGGCACAUGUUGUCACGAUCCACUCAGUGGACUCGUGAUGGUUCAUUAACUAUGAUCUCAAAGUGCAAAAAUCAAGGCAACCAUGCCAAGGGUCUACGCUUCAAUUAAACAGCACAAUUUUAUUGCUUGCCCAUAAAGCAGCGUGCGAUAGGUAAAAAGACAGAAAGUGAAGGAAAAGAUAAAGUAAAAAAAAAAAGGAAAGAGGAUUAUAGCUACCACCACGUGUCCAAGGCAUCCCUAUGGUCCCAGGUCCAGGCAGCAUCCCGCCGGUCCUUCCUAUCGUCGUGAUCCUUGGUGGGGGAGAUCUCCUAAAAUUCGGUUGCUAAAGAGUCCUCUUUUAUGCUGAGCAAUACACGUUGCUCCUCCUCUGGCCCAUGGCUUGUUAUCAGUCUCUGCCUUCUCAAGCAAGAUUAUCACGCAUGUUAUGGUUCGUUGUAACGACAACAGUUGUUAUGUGACCUUAUCGUAGUUGUUCCUUCCAGCGCUGGAUAUCAGGGAGCGGCAUAGUACUCCUUGUACCAUGCAGUUCUCCUUCAGGAUCUCAGUGUCCAUGAGGGCCACUUUCCAUCUCCAGGUCUCUGUUAGCAAUGUUGAGACAAUAUCGUUCUCUUUAGACCGACUCUUACACACGUCUAAACAGCCUGUGUGGAAUAAGGCUACAGAAACUCAAACAAAAAAGGCCAUAUAAAUACAAAGAUCCUUAUUAUAGUAUUACUUUCACUGGAGGAACUAUUUACAUGAAUCUUGCAGAAGUAGAAUAUAGGGGAUUUGAAUUAGAUUUAAAGUUUAUGACUGUAAUGGUAUUACAGGCUGAAAUUUGGCCCUUGACUUCAAUGGAAGGUUCCGGAUGGCAAGUGAAGAGUAAUUAUGUGGCAAAGGUGGAAUGUAAACACGUGUUGUCGAGCCUAAGGACCAUUUCCUUUAGCUCUCAUUUGAUGCCUCUCCUGUUACAUAAUAAGCCAUGAAUUAUUUCAUGGACUUGCAUUUAUCAAAGCAAGGACAGUACAGAAGCCAUAUUG